AUGAUGCUUGAGGCACGCUCAUACCAGGAUGGCAGCCUUUGGUUCUACGCACCAAAUAAAGGCGCUCCCAUCGUGUUCGCGAUGGUUUUCGCAGUCUCUGGCGCUAUCCAUUUCUACCAGACCAUGAAAUAUAAAUCAUGGAAAGUUACCGGCCUUUUGCCUUGGUCCGCCCUCCUCUUCACCGGAGGAUUCAUUACUCGCAGUGUUGCUGCUUUUGGACAAUGGGGUAACUUGAACCUGUAUAUUGCUAGCACUGUUCUAUUGCUCGCUGGCCCACCGGUAUACGAGGGUGCCAAUUACUUUACCUUGGGCCGGAUCCUAUACUAUAUUCCAUAUCAUUCACCUAUCCAUCCUGGACGGGUUUAUUCAACUUUCAUUGCCCUUGGAGUUAUAAUCGAGGUCAUAACUGCCAAUGGUGCCGUCAAACUUGCUAGUUCCAACUCUACGGCGGCCGAACAGAAUAUUGGCAAAGGACUUCUGAAGGCAGCUUUGAUUUUACAGCUCCUCUUAAUGGCAGCGUUUGUCGCGCUUGCGGCACGUUUCCAUUCCAACUGCAAAAAAGGCGGAGUGUUGAAUGAUAAAAUAAAGCGCUGUCUUAUUGUUAUGUAUAUCAGCUGUACGCUUAUCACCAUUCGAACGAUCUACCGUACCGUGGAAUAUUUCACCGCUGCCAGCCUCAACACUUCCACCAAUCUUGACAAUCUCAGUCCUAUAUUGAAGCAAGAGUGGUUUUUCUGGUUCUUCGAAACGGCGUUCAUGUACACCAAUACCACUAUGCUGAAUGUGUUUCAUCCGAUGCAGAAACUACCACGAUCGAACAAAAUUUACCUUACUAAGGAUGGCAUCACUGAGAUUGAAGGGCCGGGGUAUGAGGAUCCUCGUCACUGGAUUCAGACAUUUAUCGAUCCUUUCGAUGUAUAUGGCCUUAUCACAAAGCGUGAUAGGGGAAAUAUCUAUUGGGAAACAAACCAGGAACAAGACAAAGCUGGCCCUACCACACAGGAAGCUUGA